CCCGGGCCCGCCCCUCUGUCCGGGUUAUAACUCUCCGGAGCACCCGGCGCCCGCCGGCGGGCGGAGACGCGCGCCUGGCACUGGACAUGGACGGCGCGCGCCUGUGGCUGGGGCUUCUGCUGCCCGUGGUGGCCGCCUUGGAUUUCCGAUACCACCACCAGGAAGGGAUGGAGGCGUUCCUAAAGAGCGUGGCUCAGAACUACAGUUCGAUCACGCACUUGCACAGCAUCGGGAAAUCUGUGAGAGGUAGAGACCUGUGGGUUCUUGUCGUGGGGCAGUCUCCAAAGGAGCACAGAGUCGGGAUUCCAGAGUUCAAAUACGUGGCUAAUAUGCACGGCGAUGAGACUGUGGGGCGAGAACUGCUGCUCCACUUGAUCGACUAUCUGGUAACCAGUUAUGGGAAGGACGCCGAAAUGACACGCCUGAUCGACAGCACCCGGAUCCACAUCAUGCCUUCCAUGAACCCAGAUGGAUUCGAAGCCGUCAAGAAGCCCGACUGUUACUACAGUAAUGGAAGGGAAAACUACAAUAAUUAUGACCUGAACAGAAACUUCCCUGAUGCCUUUGAAAAUAACAGUGUAACCAAGCAGCCCGAGACCCUGGCGGUCAUGACGUGGCUGCAAACCGAGACAUUUGUCCUCUCUGCGAAUCUCCAUGGGGGUGCCCUGGUGGCCAGUUACCCCUUUGAUAAUGGCGUGCAAGCCACAGGGACACUGUUGUCCCGAAGCCUGACUCCAGAUGACGACGUUUUUCAACACCUGGCGUACACCUAUGCCUCACGGAAUCCCAACAUGAAAGGGGAUCAGUGUAAAAACAAGAGGAACUUCCCCAACGGGAUCAUCAACGGGUACUCCUGGUAUCCACUGCAAGGGGGAAUGCAAGAUUACAACUACAUCUGGGCCCAGUGCUUUGAAAUCACCCUGGAGCUGUCCUGCUGUAAAUACCCUCGGGAGGAGAAGCUACCGUUCUUUUGGAAUGAUAACAAAGCCUCUUUGAUCGAGUACAUGAAACAGGUGCACCUAGGUGUAAAGGGUCAAGUGUUUGAUCAGAGUGGAAAUCCAUUGCCAAAUGUAAUUGUGGAAGCCCAAGACAGAAAACAUAUCUGCCCGUUCAGAACCAACAAGCUUGGAGAGUAUUACCUGCUUCUCUUGCCUGGGUCCUACGUGAUAAAUGUUACAGUCCCUGGACAUGACUCACACCUCACGAAGCUUACAAUUCCAUUGAAAUCCCAGCCCUUCAGUGCUCUUAAAAAGGAUUUUCACCUCCCGUUGCGAUGGCAGCCAGAUUCCGUCUCCGUAUCAAAUCCUUCGUGCCCAAUGAUUCCUCUGUACAAACUAAAGCCAAGCCACUCUGCUGCAACGAAGCCUAGUCUGUUCGUAUUUUUCGUGGCUCUUUUGCACAUAUUUUUCAAAUAAAGCAAAAUGUGAACUCAACCCCCGUAACCCCGUGGAAUCGGGGACCGGUUACCCCAGGUUAUGGCAACUCUCCCUCUUGUGCGACUACAGUUGGAUGGACUCCACUGUUCUCCUUAAGAAGAAAGCCGGAUGUCGCCAAACCUGGCCUAGAGCAACCUGUAACGACAAAAUCAAUCUUCAGUCUGGAUAAAAUGGAGUCACUGCCUAGCAAAUGCUGCCCACGGAAACUCCAUCCCGAAGGAGUCCCAAACACCGUAAGAAAGUUCAGAAGCCGAACAGACACAUCCCU